AUGGAUUCUCCUGGGAUGGAUUCCGGUCCUCCCGGAAUCGUCGCUGGCCCACAGGGUUAUCCAGGUUUUGGGUCUGUGAAAUCUUCGAAUAUGUCGGGAAUGGAAGAUGCUGAAAUCGAGCGAGUAUUGCGCGAGUAUGACGUCUUUCAAGCUGCAAAAGCGGGGCUCCUCAUUCCUUGCCAAGAAAUCGUCGAUCGUCUGGGUGUAGGGGUCCUUCACCAAUACGACCGAGAAGGGCAUACUCCGCUACACUGGGCAGCUCUUGGUGGACACAGCCAUGUCGUUCGUUUCUUCAUCGAAUGCAGGGCUCCUGUGGAUAUGCCAGCAAGGAACGAGCUCGGUGCGCAGCCGAUUCACUGGGCUGCCUCCGGUGGGCAUGUGCCAGUCGUUGACCUCCUCCUCGAAGCCGGUGCGGCAAUCGAUGCCACGGAUAACAAAGGCUGUUCGCCACUGAUCACAGCUUCGCAGUAUGGAAGAACGAAUCUGACGGGCUAUCUUCUCGGCAGAGGAGCGCGGUAUCAACUUGUCGAUCGAGAAGGCGACAAUGCUCUUCAUUGGGCUGCCUUCAAGGGUAACGCAGAAAUGUGCCGCCUUCUGAUCUACUCCGGCUUCAAUCCUAAACAGCGCGAUAAUUUCGGUCAAACACCGCUUCAUCUCGGUUGUCUGUCUGGAAAUCUUAAUACCGUCAAAGUCCUCGUGGAGCAAGACGUCGAACUUGAAGCCGUGGACUUUAAUGGAAAUUCACCUAGGAAACUCGCGGAGGGGAGGAAGCACUGGGAGACGUCCGUGAUUUUCGGUCCCCCUGGACGAAGAAAGACAACGAUGCAUUUCAUGCUUGGAAUUCUGAUAUUCCUCGCUUAUCCAACCUAUUUUUUACGAAUACUGCCUACUGUUACGCUCGAGGGAUUUCCAAUCGCAAAUUUAUUUUUCUGGUGUGCUAAUUUUGUUCUCUGGGUCAAUAUGAUAAGGGUGCACAAUACAGACCCCGGAGUUCUCCCAAGAAAUACAGAAGAGUACAGUGAGAAGAUCAAAGCUGUAGCUCGUUAUGAUAAAUGGGAAGACGGCGAAGAAAAUCCUCUCAGUCGACUCUGUCAUACUUGCAGAUGUGUCAAGCCACUUCGAGCAAAGCACUGUAAAAUCCUCAAUCGUUGCGUGAAGCGAUUUGAUCAUCACUGCGCCUAUGUUGGAAAUUCCAUUGGCUACCACAACCAGCAUCAUUUUUAUUUAUUCUUGGCUUCCACAGUCGCGAUGCUCUGGACUUUUCACUAUAUUGCCUACCAAACUCAGCAUCAAGAGUCGAAGAAGGAUUGGUGGCUGCUCUUUUGCCAGAUUAUCUGCGGAGUUUUCACCUUUUUGUGCACUCCCUUAUUCAUUGGGACGACAUACAACGCUGUCAAAAACAUGACGACGAACGAACAAGUCAACUUCAGAAGAUACGAAUACCUGAAAAAUUCAAUGGGCCAGUUUACAAAUCCCUUCGAUCGGGGAGCCAAGGAAAAUCUCAAAGAAUUCUUCCACCUGAAACGCUCAGUUGAAGAAGUCACGACGCAAAAUCAUGCGAUGAGUGUUUGA